GAUUGCUUGACCCCAGGAGGUCGAGGCUACGCUGUGGCUGUGGGGACUGUGCCCGUGGAGCUCGGUGCCAUGGGCUUCACCUCAGUAGGAAUCACCGCGUCCUCCAUAGCAGCCAAGAUGACAUCUACAGCGGCCAUUGCCAAUGGGGGUGGAGUUGCCGCGGGCAGUCUGGUGGCUACUCUGCAGUCAGUGGAGGCAGCUGGACUCUCUGUGACAUCCAAAGUCAUCCUGGGCUCUGCUGGGACAGCUCUUGGGGCUUGGCUGGGUUCACCCCUUCCACUCCCCCAGCUGAACACCACACUGAGGCAGGGAGCUGGCUCUCUUGGUGGAGAUGACUCUCCUGGGCCUCUGGAUGACAGUCUUCCAAAGGACAAGUCCCCUACUCCCAAAAUUCUUCAAGGAAGCAUGAAAAAUAAAGAUGCUGGUGAUCUUCUCCUAGUGUCAGUUCUCUGUUCUUGUGGUCAGGAUAGGGUACAUCUCUGCUGCAGGAGUGCUGAACAGGGAGGGACUCAGGAUGAAGGAGCAUGGGAUGUCCGUGACCAGAGCCAGGUCUGGCCCGAAGCUUUCCACUCAUUCUGUGGUCCUGAGCAGGUCAUGUCUGCUCUUUGAGCCUCAGUUCGCUGCUCUUCAGAUGGGAGAGUCAGGCAGAGUCAGCAUCAUAGGAUGAUGUGGCUCUUGGGUCAUUGCUUGAGCCAUUGACCCUCAAUUACGAAGCCCUUUGUCCUCACGCAUGACUGAUCCCUCCCUUUCCCACCUAGGACUCAGGGUAUGGCUGUAUGAUUACUCUAGAAGUUCAGCAACGCUGCAUUUGCCUGGCCUGUGAGCCUUCUCCACACGGGUAGAGAAGUUUAUUCCUCCAGGGAACUCUGUCCCUCUCAGCACACAGCCCAAGCUCCUCAGUCCCCAGGUGGACUGAGCAGAGCCCGUGAGGAUGGACAACGGGCUGGGGCUCCUGAGCAGCAGGCCAAUGCAGAACAUCCAUUUCCAGAGACCUACUGUGUGCCUGGCCCCAGAUCAGGUGCCAGCUGUCCUAUGCACACUGACCUGGCAUCUGCCAUCCGGCACCUACCUGGCCGUGAGGAUAAGUAAACCACACUUGACUUCUGGAAGGCCUGUUUAGACUCGGCCUCUGACCUCAACGUCAGUCCCACUCUGGGCUAUUUGACCUUCACACUUAUUUUUCCUUUACAGCUGCAUUCCCACAGGACUCUCCCUGGGAUGCUGGCUGAGCUGACUCCCACAGCUCCCAACGGGCCUCAAGGCUCCAUCCCACGUGAUCGCCCUGGCUACAGAGGAUCACAGAGGUCCACCUCUGCCCAGGGUGCACAAUGCUGGGGAAGCCAGCCCUUAACCAGUGAUGUUAAGGGACUUGGGGUAAAUUACAGAAAUGACCACAUUCUUUGCCCUUUCAGCAUGGCUGUACAGCUCCUCCCGUCAAGAGGUAGGGAUUUCUUUCCCCUCCCUUUGAAUCUCUUCUGGCCUCGGGAGUUGCUCUGGCCUGGCGGAUAGAACACAGUGGAAGUGAUGGCGUGCUAAUCUUGAACCUAGUCCCUAAGAAACCUUGCAGCCUUCUGCUGUACCUCCCGGACCCCAUCACUGCCAUGAGAACAAGCCAGGCUGGGCAAGCACACAAAGUUCAUUCAUUCCAGACAAGACCCCAGACAUGGCAGCACGCCCAGCCAAGUUCUGCAAAGCCGACCUGCAGCUGACUGCAGAUGGGUGAGGGGCCCAGCCGAGACCAGAAGAACAACCUGCCUAGAUUGCUGACCCACAGAAUCAGGAGCUACAUAGCUUUUUUAAGCCACUAAAUUGUGUGGUCACUUUUUAUCCAGCCAUAGGUGACUGACAACAUAAGACAAUGUGUAUCAUCACUGAAGAGGAUCAGGCUAUAUGGCUUGUAGGACAGAGAAGGAAGUGAUUGAUUCUAAUUGUAGCAACCUGGGAAGACUUCCUGGAGUAAGGGCUGUUUGACCUAAGGAUUAUGGAGUUGUAAGUACCAGAAACUUGAUCGCAACUUGCUCAGAGUUCAAGGGACUUCAUUGCUUUAAGAAAUGGAAAGGUCCAAAGAUAAAGUAUGCUUCAGGCAGGGUUUGAUUCAGCAACACGGAUGCCAAAGACCUGUCUUUUCUAUUCUUCGUUUCUGAGGCAUCGGGUUCAUCCUGUGGCUGCCAGCUCUUGUGGUUACAAGACAGCUGUUAGCAAGUUCUGGAAGCUACCUUCUUUAUUCAUGUCUCCCAGAAAGAACAUGUUUUCAUGUACUUCCUCCUGAAAAGCAAAGAAACAUCUUUCCCAAAUACCUCUAGUAAAUGUUCAUGCUGCAAUCUUAAAUGGAGUCAUUUACUCAUUCCUAAAACCCUUUAGUUAGGCCCAAAGGAUGGGUGGGGUGUGAUGACUGGUUUAAGUCCACCUUGGCUCACCUUUAGAAAGUGCAAGGAGAGCCCAUGCCUCUGAUAACACUCAUAGGUCAGGGCAGGGGCUCCUAUACCUGCAAGAGGAGGCUUCUGUUUCAAAGAAGAGAGGGGGGUAAGAGACACUGAGUGCCCACACAGUGUCCUGUACAGACAGCGUGGGCAUUGUUCUCAGGGAAGACAGCGCCUCAAGGAUCCUUGGGGGAAACCAAAGCAGGCUCCCACCAGGUUCACUGCUUUCUGUGUCUUGUUAUCCUCACCACUCUAGCCAUUAAGGAAGAGCACACCGGACCCGAAGGCAAGUGGACUGUAGGUUACUGUCUUUUUAUUUUUAACUUUACAAUAUGGGAUUAUAUUAUUUUCUAAUGAAAACCAACAUUUUAUUACAUUUUAAUUACUUAAGAGAUCUUGAAGUAGCUUUGACUCUUAAAAAUCUGAAUUCCUAUAGGUAAGGCUAAAGCCCCUUUGGCUCUGAUAAGCAUCCUUGCCCCUCGUUACAGCCCCUACUCCCACUCUCAGAAGUAAAGCACUGCUGUAAUUUCUUACGUUCCUUUCCAGGGACCCCCCUUUUAUACUGUGAUAAAAAUUCAUAAAAUUUACCAUCUUGACCAUUUUUUUAAGUACAGUUCAGCAAUGUUAGGUAUAUAUUCACGUUGCUGUGAAACAUCUCCAGAAUUUUUUCAUCUUGCAAAACUGAAACUCUGUUCCCAUUAAACAGCUCCGCUCUACCCCUCCCCCUGCCCCUGGUAACCACCAUUCUACUUUCUGUCUUUGUGAAUUUGACGACUCUAGGUACCACUUAUUGGCGGAAUUAUAUAGUAUUUGUCGUGUGCGUGUAUGUGUGUGUAGAGAUGGCUUUUUUUCCUCCGUGUUGCC